UUUGCCAGCGAGUUCUAAAAAAGUCCAUCGCUCUCUCUUCCCGAUUUCGAUUUCUUCUUCUUCUUCUUCUUCGUCGACGUCGCUGAGCUCUCGUGUCGUGAAGAGAUGGCCUUAAAUCCUCAGCUUUUCCCCAAUGGGAUGCCAGUCCCCUUCCUCAACGAGAUGUUCGUUCUCGCCCGCGAUGGAGUUGAGUUCCAGAUUGACAAAAUCCCUGGGGCUGAAGGUGGCCAAGUAAAAGCAAAGGGGAUUAUUUACUUGUCCAACAUUCGGAUGGUUUUUGUUGCUAGUAAACCCGUUGGAGGCUUUGUGGCUUUUGAUAUGCCUCUGCUGUAUGUUCAUCAUGAAAAGUUCAACCAGCCAAUCUUUUUCUGCAACAACAUAUCUGGUCAAGUGGAACCUGUGGUACCGGACAACCAGCAUGGGGCUCUGUAUUCGACCCAUUCAUUCAAGAUCUUAUUCAAAGAAGGUGGAUGUGGAACCUUUGUUCCUCUUUUCAUGAAUCUGAUUUCAUCAGUGAGACAAUACAAUCAGCAAGCGGUACAUCCAUCAGCUACUGAAGCCAGACCACGCGUGGAUCCAUUGCAAGCUGCGCAGACUCCAGUUGAUGAAAUGAUGAGACAUGCAUACGUUGAUCCGAAUGAUCCUACUCGAAUCUUCUUGCAACAGCCCACGCCAGAAUCCGAGUUAAGACGCAGAACAUAUCAUGCCCAGCCGGGUGACAAUGCCUACUGAUAUGAACAUAUGCUGCUCUAGAACAUGAAUAAGAACUCUUUUAUAAGCUGUAUAUGAAUAACACUGCAUUUUAUAUCUUAUAUUUGGAUUUGUGAACAGAUAUAUUUGCAAAAAUGAGAGCGCGCCUUUCAUUAAA